AUAAGGCAUUCAUUUCCUUCUUUAAUUUGUAUACUUUUCUUUUUUCUUUUCUUUUCUUUUCAUUAUCCAAAAUCGGCCACAAGCACAAUGGCUAUUCCAAAAUUACAAAUCAAUAAUGUUGGAUUGAUUUUCCUUUUUGGUAUAGCCAUUUUCUCAUCAAAAGUUGCAGAUUCUGCAACUUUUGGUUCGCGUCGUGGCCUUUUGGAGGCAGAGAGUACUGUUUUUGAUGUUACCAAGCAUGGAGCGAAACCUGAGGGAGGUGAUAGCACUAUGGGAUUUAUAGCAGCAUGGAAAGCAGCUUGUCAAUCAACAGGACCAGCAAAAGUUGUUGUUCCACCAGGGACAUUCACUACAGGAGAAACUAUUUUCCAAGGACCAUGCAAAUGUCCUAAGCCCCUUAUUUUAGAAAUUCAAGGGACACUAAUGUCAAAUAAAGACAUAAGUUUGUACUCACGUGCUGCAUGGCUAAUCAUUGAAAAAGUGGAGGGUGUUACUGUGACAGGUGGUGGUACUCUAAACGGACAAGGAAAAGACAGCUGGCAAUUUGCUGACAGAUCCGGAGCCAGCCCUCCUCU